AUGAACAGAGACGACAUUCUAAAGAUUAUCGCUGAAAGAGGGCAAGAUAAGAAAAUAGUGAAAUCAGCAAGGAAAGCGAUGGGAGAAGAUUACUUCGGAUCAAAUAAAGCUGAAGCUAUUUUAGAUGAUGUUGUUGAUAAACUACUAAGCGAAACUCCGCGAGAUAAACACAAGUUCAACAUGAAUGCUAAUGAUAGCAAGUACUGGGACCCUCAAGGGGAGCUAGAAGACCUCCAAGAGUACCAUCGCCAUGACGGCCGGCGUAUCUUCAAGGGGGAGCGGACUACCGUCAGAUACUACCCAUUCAUGGUGUCGGUGCACGUGAUGGGCCGCUUUUGGUGCGGCGGUGUGCUUUACUGGCAUGACUUGGUGCUGACGUCUGCCGCUUGCUUGCAGUUGAUGCAUAACAACCGCUUCUUCCGCGAAAACCCAAGAGUGCUGCAAGUGAGGAUCGGCAGCAAUCACAGCAGGAUCGGCGGAGAGAUGGUUGAUGCGUUGGAGGUACAAACAGGCCUGUUCAUCUCCGCGACUCAAAAUAGUACUAGCAUUCUUGAAAGUGCAAAAAUUAAUGACAUUGCUAAAGCACUAAUAAAAGUACUUGGAGUAAAUCCAGAUGUAAGUAAUUUGACAAGAAUAGAAGAAUUAAAGGAAAAACUGAAGAAAAUCGAUAAUUAUGCGAUUGAUAAAGAUAAAUACGCUCUUCUACUCACCAAUGUGACAAUGGAAACCACUUUGAAUGAAACGAAUUUCUUCAAAUCACUAUACGAAGACGACAGUUUGAAAUUUCUACAAAAUACAGAAUCGAAAAAUUUGUUUUUGAAACUGAAAGAAAAAAUGAACAGAGACGACAUUCUAAAGAUUGUAGCUGAAAGAGGGCAAGAUAAGAAAAUAGUGAAAUCAGCAAGGAAAGCGAUGGGAGAAGAUUACUUCGGAUCAAAUAAAGCUGAAGCUAUUUUAGAUGAUGUUGUUGAUAAACUACUAAGCGAAACUCCGCGAGAUAAACACAAGUUCAAUAUGAAUGCUAAUGAUAGCAAGUACUGGGACCCUCAAGGCGAGCUAGAAGAUCUCCAAGAGUACCACCGGCACGACGGCCGACGCAUCUUCAAGGGGGAGCGCACCACCGUCAGAUACUACCCAUUCAUGGUGUCGGUGCACGUCAUGGGUCGCUUCUGGUGCGGCGGCGUGUUGUACUGGCACGAUCUGGUGCUGACCUCUGCUGCUUGCUUGCAGUUGAUGCAUAACAACCGCUUCUUCCGCGAAAACCCAAGAGUGCUGCAAGUGAGGAUCGGCAGCAAUCACAGCAGGAUCGGCGGAGAGAUGGUUGAUGCGUUGGAGGUUUAUUUCCACCCCGGCUACAACCCUCGGACUUUGCGCAACAACAUCGCCGUGAUCCGGCUCCGAAGGCACCUGCACUUCAACUACCAUCGGAUCCCAAAGAUCAUCGCCAUCUCCGACAGCCCCUACACCGUGGCGCCCACUGCUGAGGUCUUGCUGUUGGGAUGGGGCGUCACUAAGAUGUCACAGAAAAUGUCUUACGAGCCAGUGUACCUUCAGCGGAAGUUCUUACCGGUGUAUCCUAAUACGUUCUGCAAGGAGGUGUAUGGCGACAAAUUCAUAACUCAAACCAUGUUCUGUGCCGGCACGUUUACUACCGGAGAAGGAGCGUGUGAUCACGACGCAGGCGGGCCAGCGAUCCUAGCUGGUAAACUAGUGGGAAUCAUCUCCUUCGGGCCAUCGGUGUGCGGGUACCCUAAUGCACCCACUGUAUUCACGCUGGUCGGCGCCUUUUCUGAUUGGAUAGAGACUGUCAAUGAGACCAUGCCAGACUACUACCGCGCAAGAGCCCGGUCCACGACCACAACCAGGAGGCCCAUCUUCGAAUACCUGGGCACCAUAUUCAACACUCCUCCCCCCACCGAGGCACAGGGAAUCGAGAUCCACCCGCUAAAGUUGAUCACCUUAGAAGCCACGCCACCUACCGUACCCACCGAGGUGACCACUGAUUAUGUCGAGGAGGAAACCACCGAGCCUCCAGGGUUGAGGUUCUUGAAGGAUCAGUUCAGUGACGCAGACUCUUGGGGUGAUAAGAAAUAA